GUCUCUGAGUGGCGCUGUCGAGAGACUUGAGGCCGUGAGGCUGAUGGAGCGUCACCUGCUGAUGACGAUGACGACGAUGACGCUGCUGCUGCUGAUAGCAGAGCUACAGACUCAGAGAGAGCGUGGGGAGAGACGCGCGGAGGUGGAGGAGGUGGAGAAGGUGGUGGAGGUGGUGGUGAGGUUCCGGCAGGCAGGGCGUGGUGGUGCGCGUCAGCGCCGCUGGAGACGGACGUGGGUCAACCCCCCCGUGUCCGUGCCCGAGAACCAGCGUGGCCCCUUCCCCAAGCUGCUGCUGCAGGUGAAGUCCAACGCUGUGGGCGUGGACGUGCGCUACGCCUUGGCGGGGGAGGGCGCUGACCGACAACCCACGGGGCUGUUCGUCGUCGACGCCGCCACGGGGAGAGUGUCAGUCACCGCGAGCCUGGACCGCGAGGUGAUCGCUCAGUAUCGCCUGCGCUGCUUCGCCGUCGACCCGACUGGAGGUUUUGUGGAGGAUCCCGUUGACAUCGUCAUUGACGUCAUCGACGUCAACGACAACCGCCCCAAGUUCACCAGAGACGUCUUCCACGGCAGCCUCACGGAAGGAUCGCCACGAGGCACCUUCGUGAUGAGGGUGGAGGCGAGUGACCUGGACGACCCCUUGACGCCCCACGGAGCUCUCCGCUACGACAUCGUGGGGCAGUCCCCCCCCAUGGGGACCGCACAGCACAGCCUGUUCCACAUCGACCGUCGCACGGGCAUCAUCACCACCCGCACUGUGGUCGGGCUGGACCGAGAGAGAGUGGCGCGCUUCUCGCUGGUGGUGAUGGCUUCGGACAUGGAGGGAGACGCCAGAAUCAGUCUCUCAACCACGGCCACCGCCAUCAUCACCAUCACCGACAUCAAUGACCACGCCCCCGAGUUCACGAGCAGAACCUGGACGGGCACGGUGCGUGAGAACGCCGUGGGGGUGCCGGUGACGAUGGCGCUUCUCUCGGUGAUCGACGCGGACGAGGUCGGCACGGCGGCGUGGCGAGUCCGCUACUCACUCCGCGGGGGGGGGGGGGCGGGGGGGGCGGCGUGGGGGGCGGGAGACCCCCAGGACCUGUUCGCCGUGGAGACCGACCCCGCUACCAACGAUGGCAGGAUCGUCGUUGUCAAGCCCUUAGACUUUGAGAUGGCGUCGUCGUACAAACUCAUCGUCGUCGUGGACAACGAGGAGCCGCUCGUGAAAUCCGCGUGGACCCCUCCCCAGAGUACCGCCACCGUCACGGUGAGUGUUGAGGAUGAGAACGAGGCUCCGCUGUUUGAGCCGCGGCUGCAGCAGGUGCGGCUGUCCGAGGGCGUCGCUCUGGGCAGCGUCGUCACCACGCUGGUGGCACGGGACCCGGACUCCGCACAGAAGCAGAGCCUGCGGUGA